AUGGCAGAUCCUUCAGCGAACGAUCAAAAAUCAGGAAACAACCGAUUCAGAAAAGACAAACCUUGGGACACGGACGACAUUGACCAUUGGAAGGUGGAAGAAUUCAAACCUGAACACAUUAAGGGUCCAUUCACAGAAGAGUCAUCAUUUGCUACGCUUUUCCCUAAAUACCGAGAAAGUUAUCUGAAAGAAGUAUGGCCAUUAGUGACGAAAGCUUUGGAAAAAUACGGUAUUGCUUGUGUACUCGAUUUGGUGGAAGGUAGUAUGACGGUUAAAACAACUCGUAAAUCAUACGAUCCAUAUUCGAUUAUGAAAGCCAGAGAUUUAAUCAAGUUGCUGGCAAGAAGUGUACCCUUCCCGCAGGCGGUGAAAAUCAUGGACGAUGGCGUAGCAUGUGAUAUUAUAAAGAUCGGCAACAUUACACGAAACAAAGAACGUUAUGUCAAGCGUCGACAACGAUUGAUUGGUCCGAACGGAAACACACUCAAGGCAAUUGAAUUGUUGACACAAUGUUACAUGAUGGUCCAGGGCAACACAGUGUCGGCCAUGGGUCCGUACAAGGGCUUGAAGGAAUUACGACGCAUUGUACUUGACUGCAUGAAGAAUGUCCACCCCAUCUAUCGUAUCAAAGAACUAAUGAUCAAGCGAGAGUUAGCAAAGGAUCCAAAACUGGCAAAUGAGUCAUGGGACCGAUUCCUGCCCAACUUUAAGAAAAAGAGCGCAAAGAAGGCCAAGAAGGUUGUCAAGAAGGAAAAGAAGGAGUACACACCGUUCCCACCUGCACAGGAACCAUCCAAGGUCGACCUGCAACUGGAAAGUGGCGAGUACUUCCUCAACCAUGCUGCCAAGAAGAGAUAG